AUGUCUUCACUCAUUCAACCAUAUCUCGACCUUGCCUUGCAGCAACUCGAAAUUUACAAGGACCAAUUGAUCCAACAAAUCCCAGUCAUCUCGACGACCACAUAUGUCCUAACCAUUUUGGCCAUCUGUAUACCCCCUAUUGUCCUUUUAGCAUUCUACGAACUCGAACAAGCGCGACAACGUGCCGAACAACCUAAAGGUUGUAGAAAACUGGGAUUGAAAAUCGAUAGCAAUCUUACCAAUGAAUUCGAUCCUAAAUUCUCCGAGGGACGUCCCCCCAGUACUGAAGAAACAUCUGCAGAAUGGUGGAGAUUGAAAAGUAUGUGGAUUUAUCCAGUCAAGAGUUGUAAAGGAGUUGAGUUGGGCAGAGGAACCAUUAUUGCAAGUGGAAUGGAAUACGAUCGUCAAUUUACCUUUGCACAAUUGAAAAGUCCAUUUCCCGUCGCAGAAAACGAUCCAAAUUCAAAGAAGGCAGCACAUCAAUGGGAAUUCAUCACUCAACGACAAUUCCCUUUGUUGGCGAAAGUUAGGACCGAAAUGUGGGUUCCAGAUCAAAGCGUGGAUACAUAUGCUCCUCAUAUCGAUGAUGUCGAGAGUGGAGGAGUUAUAAUUAUGAGUUUCCCAUAUCAAGAACCUGGAUGGAGAGGAACCGUUGCAAGUUGGGGUGCCAAAGUUAUGGGAACCGUCCCUGAAAAACAAUUCCGGGUGCCAUUCGAUCCUUCGCCAGUACAAAUUGAGAAAGCAGGUUAUACUGUUGAAAAGAUGACAAUCUGGAGAGAAACGGUUGAUGCUUUAAAUGUGGAAAUUGAGAUUCCAGAAGAACUCAGAUAUUACCUUGGUAUCAGCAAUAAGUUGGGUUUGUUCAGAGUCGAUAGCGCAAAGCCGAGAGAAGUUUUCAGAAAUGCGCCUUCAAAGGAAGAACUUGGAUAUCAACCAGUUACAGGCUUUCAAGAUGCUUAUCCUAUCCAUCUUAUCAAUCUUGCUAGUAUUCGUGAUGUUGAAAGUAAAAUGCCCAAGGUUAAGGGGGCGCCAAGAUUAUCUGCAGGACAAUUCCGUGCCAAUUUGAUCAUUACCGGACCUCCAGCUUACCACGAAGACGAUUGGCGACGAAUUAAGAUUGGUUUUUACGAAUACGAUGUUUCUUGUCGUACAGUAAGAUGUAAGAUGCCAAAUGUAAAUCAAGAAACUGGCGUGAGACAUCCAUCCGAACCCGACAAAACUUUACGAACCUUCAGAGCCAUUGAUGAAGGAGCCGGAAAGAAUUUAGGAUGUUUGGGUAUGCAAUUAGUACCUACUACCAAAGAUGGAGCACUGAGGGUUGGGGAUGAAAUUACGGUGUUGGAAGUUGGUGAACAUCAUUAUCAAAAAUUAUUCCCGGAAUUGAAUAAUUAA